CGCGCGCGCGCCCGCAGUGGGGAAGUUAACGGUUUUCCGUGAAAUGGACAUGUUGGUUUUCCCGCUGAGUCGCCGUUAGGUAACGAGGAAGCGCCGCUCCGGGUUUUGAUGUGAGACGCCCUCUGCCGAGGCGGGCUUUCAGUUCACUUUGAUGACCUCCGCCUCACUUUCUGUGCUGAGUCACCGGAACAUGAAUGAAUCAUAACAAGGCUGCUGCCGUCGUCAGGUGUCAAAGCUCACCUGUCCUGUGGCAGGACCUGCGUUUCUCACCGGCUUGAUUUAAUGAGGGUUCUCUGGUUGUUUUGAGGCGGUGUGCAGUGAUGGAGUACAGAAGCUUAAUGCUCACUGGAGGGGUUCUACUUCUGCCGGUGCUAGUUUUCGUCACCUCCCUGCUCUUCUGGCCCGGAGUGCUCCUGAAGGCCUACAACUGGUACUGGCGCCGCAGGCUGGGCCUGGUGGUCCGCUACACUUACAGUGGAAGUUAUCGCUUCUGCUACUUCAGCCGCGGGACACCAGGGGGCGCCACUCCUUCACUGCUUCUGCUGCACGGCUUCUCAGCCAACAAAGACAUGUGGCUGCCCGUCAUCAACUUCCUCCCCAAAGAGCAGCAUGUGGUGUGUGUGGACAUGCCGGGACACGAUGGGACGAGUCGGACCGGCGCAGAGGAUUACAGUAUUCAGGGUCAGGUCAGCCGCAUCCACCAGUUUGUACAGAGUGUGGGUCUGCGUGACCGACCCUUCCACCUGGUUGGCACCUCGAUGGGCGGAAACGUUGCGGGUGUCUAUGCUGCUCGGUACCCCUCAGAUCUGUCCAGCCUCACCUUGGUGUGCCCUGCAGGUCUGGUCUAUCCCACAGAAUCAAAGUUCAUCACCAGACUGCGAGAGCUGGAGCAGAGCGCCAACCAGGAGGAGUCCAUCCCGCUCAUCCCCACAACCCCCCAAGAGCUGGAGGACAUGUUGAAACUGUGUUGCCACAUCCCCCCCCGCCUCCCUCGACUGGUCCUGCGGGGUCUCCUGGCCAACCGGCUCCGCAACAACGAUUUCUACAAGGAAGUUUUCAUGGAGAUCGUUGGAGAGAAGUCUCGUCAUUCGCUGCAGGAUCACCUUCAUCUGAUCACAGCACCUCUGCAGGUCAUCUGGGGGAAGCAGGACCAGGUGCUAGACGUCUCUGGAGCGGCGGUCAUCCAGACGGCGCUGCCUCGCUCCCAGGUGGAGGUGGUGGAUAGCUGCGGUCACUCGGUGGUGUUGGAGAGGCCAAGAAAAAUGGCCAAAGUGCUCAUGGACUUUGUGUCUGCACAGGAAGUCUGCAAUGCAAAGAGCAAGAAACUUUCCUGAUGGAAACAUUUUGACUCUAGAAGAGCUGGUGAGAAUGGAAACAUGAAAUGGACAAAUGCGUGAUUAUGUUAAUCCUUUUGGUUUUCUGGAAGUGUUUGUGGAAGUUUAGGGAGUUCUCAACAUUCUGAGACCUUUCCUAGAUUUUAUGGACUCAUUUCGUGGAACAGACUAAGAGACUAAUCUCUGUUUUUAAUUUGAUAAAUAACUCAAGAAGGAAAUUACCAGGAGACCUUAAACAUUCACCUCAAAUGCUGCUUUCUCUUACAAAAAUCAUUUCUGCUGCUGUUUUUUGUCUUCAGUCUUUUGAUUGUAAAAACAGAAUCAAAGCUGUGAAAUGAAACAAUAUUUUUGGAACCCAAACGUGUCUUAAUAUGAACAUAAUCUUAUGAUCAGAUUCUGUCGGGACCAGACAAUAAAGAGGAUUUGACUGAAAAGAUAAA